AUGGCAGAAGAGGCAUAUUUCAAAAGACACAACAAAUCACUUAUUCCUGAAGAGUUUAGAGCUGCCGCAAAUGAUGGAGAUAUGGAAAGAGCUGCCUUGGCAACUGUCUACGGCGUAAAAGAGUACACAGAAUCCAAGAUUUUUUGGGAUAAUGCUACAUUGAACUUUGAGGAUUCCAUCACGACACCUAGGGAUGUAUCAAAAGCAAUUGAACAAUACUAUCAACAGUACAAUACAUCUGCAGCUACCAUAAGACCAACGAAAGCCCCUUCAAUCUAUAACAGAAAAAUCAAAGAUAGUCAUGACAAUGCAAGUUACACAACAGUCCAACCUCUUGCUCAUACGGCAAUGCAAGCCUCAAAUCAAAAAGUAAAUGAACCAAAUUAUCCAUAUUAUAUCUAUGAACACAAGGUGCCUCUUCGAUCUCCACGUCUGCAAAUAGAUAGCACGCAGGGCAUCCCUUCUCUGCCUCAUAUCCCUACUGUCAGUGAAUUUGGUGAUCUAUUUUCAGAAACAAAAGAUGCGUUCAAGGCGAAGAGUGGCACCACCGACGCUCCUUUCACAAUCGGUCAGCAGAUACUAAAAGAAAGCAUUGCCAUCAAGUAUACUGCUGCACACCAAACGGAGCUACAGCCCUCAGAUUUAUCGGAUUAUCCGUUCUGCAUAUUCGAUUUGGUUGAGUCCGACGUCGAUUCAAGGCUUAUUGUAUGGGGAUUACAAAAUACAGCUCGUCCAUCCGUCUCUGGUACAUACACAACUAUCAAUAACAUCAGUAGAGACCAAAGUGAUAAGGAACAAAGUGGUAAUGCGAGAGAUUGUUGUAGCAAUGAGGAAAAGCAAAAUAAACGGAUACGCUUCGCUGAAACCUUCACUAAAUUAGCAAAAAGGAAGUCUUUAACUACAAUAAAACCGACAAAACAUCAAUCUCAUUGCCCCACAACGUCCUCGACUGCAGUCGCUUUGGUGAAAAGCAAUUCCAAUAACAAUUCCGGGACUCUAGUUAUUGAAGCAGCAACAAUUGAAAAGUUGAUAGAAAAGCUUACAAUAACUCUUGAUUAUGCCUUCAUGACUGAUUUUUUCCUGAUCUAUCGAGUCUUUCUGACGCCGGUACAACUAUGUAAAUUUCUGAUCUCUAGAUUUAAAUGGAGUAUCAAAAAUAAUGAUGAAAAGAGGUGUAUCGUUAGAAUAAGAACUUUUGUCGUGCUAAGACACUGGUUAUUGAACUAUUUCUUGCAUGAUUUUAUCCCACAAAAAGAGCUUCGAGUCUUAUUUACCGACUUUCUGAACGAAAUGCCUUUCCAUCCAGUGAUCCAGCAAUCAGCACGGGAUCAGCGCAUUAUCAAGGGGUUAAAACGCGUAAUGAGACGGUUAAAAAAAGUUUAUUACGGUACUGUUUCUUCAUCGUACGACAGAGGUAUUGAUAUGUCGAAUGAAAGCAAUUGGGCAUCCGCUAACGAUGAUAAUGUAAACACAGCGGGCACUACUGCCACUAAUGCAACUGCACCUAUUUACGUUGUCGAUCCAACACCUCCACUUUACGAACAAGAAAUACAAACAAUGAUAAAGAAACAGCUGUCAGCUCAACAUUCUUUACGACAGAAAGCUUACAAUUUUAUUAAACGAGUCCAUGUUGACGAUCGACAUUUCAAAAAUACAACCCUUCAACAAAAGCAGCUUCUAGGGUCAACAGAAAAGCAUAUAAACAGCAGGGUAGGAGCAACAGCCAUAGUACCUGUUGUGGUCAUUGGUAAUUUCUACUCGUCGUCACAUCUUUAUCAAAGUAGUGGUGACAGUAAUAGCAGCGCUGACAGUUUCUCUGAUGGUCAUAAAAAUGGCUCAGCAACUACUAUAAAGACAAAGUCACAAUCAGUCGUAAGCCAGACCUCCCAACCCUAUGAUAUGCAACGGAAGCAGCAUAAUAAACAGCGACGUAGAUCUUCAGUUGCAUGCUCUAUUAAGAGCCUGUUAGUCGGCACAGCAGAGACAACUUCAUCGUCUCAUAUAACACAAGAUAUCAAAAACACUGCAAACAGUAACGUUGAAAAGUCUCAACAAGAAAAGCAGCAGCAGAAGGAGCAGCAACAAUUCGAUAAAGACUUUGCAAUUAAGCAAUGGCAGGUUGUUCAACAAAAAGUCGAGCGAAAUCAAGGUUUCAUAGACAAAAUUAACGACAACGAGAGCCAACUGUUUGAAACUAAUUCACUCGAAAGUAUUGUCACUCCAGGCACUUCAAUUAUUGAUAUAUCUGAACCAUUUCACAAAGCAGAAGAAUCCGAUGAGGAACAAAAUAACUUUGAUAGUUCAGCUAGUGAAAGCAGCAACAAUAAUAUAGAUACAGAGCGGAAAGCAUACCAAAAUGCCAACAGCAACAUUGGGAAUAAAGUGUAUUUUUCGCCAUAUCGUGUCAGUACAUCGUUACAAUCAGCUGAAUUAACUGAAAAACUUGAGAAAGUGCGUCAAGAACAACAACAGCAAGAGAAUGAACAGGCCCUAAUUUAUUCUGUUACUGAGAACGGAAGGUCACCUGUAAUUGAAACCACCAAUUGCGGGUUGACUAAUUUACGGCCUCGCUCCUUUUAUACAGCUCAGUUAGCUAUACCUUCUGAUGUAGCUACACCAGAUAUCUAUAUCCUUACACCCCCUCCUAUAACAGACGAAGGUAAACCAACAACAGAGUAUUUCAAUAUGCUUAACAGUGGAAGUAGUUCACAGGGCCUUCAUUUCAACAAUAAAAUCGCAUUUCUAUCUCCUUCGAUGACGACGACCACCUCCCAUCUAUCAUUGAAACAGAUAGAAGAUUUGAAAUUUCCUUCAUCAAUAUUCCAAGCAGCUAAUACCCCAUCAAAUAUCCAGCAUGAUUACGGUAACAGAGCAAGUGAAGCAAUACACAAUGAUCAUGACAGUAACACCUUCGAUGCUGAAAAGCGGAUGAGUAAACCUUUACCGUUCAUUACAGGCAGUGAGGGAGAAGAGGACGAAAGUUUCGAGCAGUGGAGAUUAUCAAUGCAGGAUAAACACCAGAGUAAUAAUAAGACGCAGCAGUUCAGUGAAUCGACAAAUGGACAACGACAGCAGCCCUUAAAAUCAAGGAUUAUUGAACUUGGCCUUGGAAGCACUGCCAAUAGAACGUCUUCAUCCCCUACAAGAGAACAACAAAUAAUACCGCCUACCUUGCCGCCAUUACCGCUUGCUGUACCAACAGCGACAGUUGACGCCAGCAGCAGCAAAAAUAAAUCAUUUCAUAUUCAACCACAUCUGAGAAAAUCGAUCAUUUUGACUUACCCAGCUUCGCUUAUAGCUCAACAGCUGUGCGUGAUUGAAAAGGCUGUUUUGCUUGAAAUAGAUUGGGAAGAAUUUGUAGACUGCCGCUGGACAAAAAUGCCAGCAACUGAUGCUACUUUGGCCACCGCUUCUACUACAACAUCUACUCCACAUGUAUCAACUGUCCAGGAUCAGCAAGGGACAAAAGCCACGGUAGCGCAAGGUAUUUAUUCUCGCACAAAACGAAUGAAGCAACAAUACGAGAAAGAGCAUAAUAUACCUGAAAGAGGUAUUGAAAAAGCUAUUAAUCGAUUCAAUGCUGUAUGUCGGUGGGUAUCCAGUGAAAUUGUCCAAUCGAGCCGGAUUGAGGAUCGCGUCAAAGUUAUUGAAAAGUUCAUACAAAUCGCUAAGAAAUGCAAGGUUUAUUGCAAUUUUACAACAUUAAUACAAAUUUUGCUUGGCUUACAGUCUAUGCCGGUCUCAAGACUGAGUAAAACUUGGGCACUCGUGAGCCACCAAAAUAUGAAAACCCUACAAGAACUUUCUGUUUUCACUUCUCCUACCAAAAAUUGGAAAAACAUUCGCGAUAGUAUGACAAUUGUAGCUGAAGAGUAUGGUGAAUCACCCACUGAGAUCCAGGUCCAGAUAAAGGAAAGAAACAACGCCCAGCAUCUUUACGACAGUAACUCUACGGCUGAUGCUAACCAUAGCCUGAAGAAUAUGGCAAAUAGCGUUUUACACAGAAAAUUAAGCACCAACAGCAGUAAACAUAAAAAGAAGAAGAAAACUCAAACAAAAAUUUAUAACCGGAAUAUGACAAUCAAACUCCCUUUUGGUGGAUGUAUUCCGUUCUUAGGCAUUUACUUAUCUGACUUAGUGUUUAAUGCUGAAUUACCUUCUUUCCUUUCACCAUCUACUCACACUGAGGAUGACUUGAAAAAGACUUCAGCCAACACUAAUGCAGGUUCAGCGAAUGGCACUCCACCAAUCGACCAGGUCGUAUUUCAGCAGCCACUUGUGCAUUUCCGGAAGCAUCGUAUUACAGCAACAAUUAUCAAACGCGUACUAAUUUUCCAAAACUUAGCCAAACGUUAUUCCUUUGAGCCUUACACCGAGGAUAACUAUAUAUUGUAUAAUACCUGUUUGCAAUUGACAUCAUUAGAUAUAGAUGCAAUACAGAAAUAUAGUACCUUGAUUGAACCUUGUAUUAAUAAUACUCAUAAGCCGGCACGUCAAUAA